AUGGGGUAAGAGAAAGUAUAGCAAGAGGGUAGGUUUGUUUUGUUAUUCACAGUUCCCGGGGAGAAGGAGGGUGAGAGAAGAGGAGGGAGAGUGGGGUGAGAGAGAGGGGGGUGAGCCAUGGUUUAAAGGUAGCAUGGAAUUCCCCCUCUGAGUUAGCGCUCACCUGGCCCCUCCCACAUGUAUUUCUAGGGUAUAAAGCCUUUCACAGGUAUAUUCAGCGGCAGGUGCAUCUAUGAAACUAGAGCGAGAGAGAUAAAGGGAGAGAGAGAAGGAAGAGCAGGAGAAAAAACGUGGAGUAUACUGACGAACACUCGGAGUGAAUCACAAACACUGGACUCUAAAUCAAACAGUGGAUUAUUAUUGAUCUGACACCUUCUCAUCGCUGCCUGUCGGUUGCCUCAGAAUCAGGUACGUGUGGAAGUGGAGAUGCUCUUUGGGGAGUGAUGGGGUGGUUUCUUGGGUCUGAGGUCACAUUAACCGCUGUAGCAUGUUUAGCAGAAUCCUCCAAUUGAAAGAUCCAAUUUAUGUUGACACAUCUGUAAAAUAUUGGGGAAAGUCAGUUUAAAUUCAUCCACAGCAGAGGAAAGGAAACAGAAACUGGUUUGUAUUCACACACAGCCAAAUAUUUUGCAUUCAUGCAAAGUACAACCACAGUGACCCACUUCAAACAGUGAAUACAAUAAGGCAUGGGUGAAAAGUUUCCCAUUUCCAAAUAUUUAAUGUUGAUCAUCCUUGUAUAUGCAUCCAGUGGCUCACUCAAUUGUCUCCUGGUUACAGAAACUAUACUAACAACCAUCUUACUAUAAUUAUUAUAUAUGUUAAUUAAUCUAUAUCCAUAAACAGCAUCCUAACUGUACAUUAAUUUGUUUCUCUCCUGGUUGCAGAGAGCCCAUGUCAUCUGCCAGUGAGCUGUGUAGGAUCCUGACCAACGCUAACAUGACCAUAUACCCGACUGGAAGCUCCGAGCCCCUGCAGCCUCAGUCGCUGCAGCCCAGCCUCACCACCGUGUCUCUGCCCGCCACAGGAGACCUGCUGCAGCUCUCAGACCUCUCCACAUGCAGCUCGAGCAUACUGGGUGAGAACACUUAGUCUAAUUUAUACUUAUUUUGUAUUUAAUUUAAUUUUUUAUUACGUUUAUUUAGAGAGGGACAAUGUGCAACAAAAACAUAAGUCUCAAUAUACUGAAAAUGUAUGCAUUGCACCAGAUUUAGCUAACUACCAAUGUUCAUCUGCAGUCACCUGGGCGCUAUAGGUGUCUUAUACCAAUGCCUCUUCAUAAUCACCUAGCUGGUGAUAACAUUAUAUGAUAUCUAUAGAUGAAAAAAACAAUAGACUCAAACUGAUUAUUGACAGAAAAGGAAGAUAUGUAAUUGUCUCUGCUUUGUUAUCAGCAUGUGGGAUACUUUAGUCCUUGAUAUGUACUUUUCUGUUGAUCACCUGGGAAACCACAGUGUGGAUGUGUGCAAUCUUUUCUGUGAGGAUCUUUAUUCAGUCAGGAGUUUUGGCGGUUCUUUGGUUUUGGUCGCCUUGUUGGCUGGUGAAGUCUGUGGAUAUUUCCCAUUGACUCACCCUGGAAGAGAUGUGUCUGUUGUCUGAGCCUGUUGACAGACACUCAGUCAAAGACCACAGUAAACAUAUGUCCUUUAGCUAAAGUCACAGACAGACAGGGGAUUGGCUGAACUUUGCAAUGACCUAAUUUAGAAGGCUGUUAAAUCAUUAACUGGGACAAUGUUUUGUCUUAAAUUGAGGAAUGCUGUCUUUUCAUCUUUCAGAUGCCUCAAGCUUUAUUUUACUUUCCCUGGCCUAGCCAGUGAUAAGUUGUGACUAGAACUGUUUAUGUAGUUGAAAGUGUUUUACGACACAGGGCAGAGAUAACCUAGAGACAGGCGUUCUGACUCCCACAAACCACAAACUCAGGUUUUCACAGAUCAGGAUCUGGGUCCUUGUGUGGGUUAGCACUUAGUUGAAAGGCUUCAGUUAGUAAUUGUCUUGCGGUUUAACUGGGUGGUUAGAUUGACAAGGUUUUUUAUGGCUCAUUAACAGAUCGUUGAAUCUCAAAAGAGGGAUGGUGAUUUUACAACAACAGCAUCAUGCCUCACACACACACACAAACACACACACACUCACUGCACAAAUCUAACACCCCCUCCUCCUCUGUGUCCUCCUCUAGCACAAUGGUAUGACCAGAACCCUCAGUACUGGAGCAAGCAGAACGUGUUGGAGUGGAUCAGCUUCUACGUGGAGGGCAAUACGUUUGAUGCCGGCACACUGAGCCUGUCCUGCUGCUUCAUGGACGGACCCACGCUCUGCCAACUGACCAGAGAUCAGCUGUUAAACAUGUUCGGAAUGUCCCUUGGGGCUCAGCUCUACCAAAGCCUGGUGGAACUCAAGGCCAAAUACGGUAAGGUUCUGACUGAUGUGAAUUGAAUAAACAUUAUUGAUGAUCCUCAAAAUGGCAGCAGACACAUGCAUAUGAGGAAUUUUGGUAAUGAUUCAGUCAUUUAAUUUAUUUUUGUGGUCCAGAUCUGAACGAGACCUGUAAGCUCCUGGACAACUUCCUGCAUGAGUUCCCAGACUUCCCUCUGCUCAGCACAGUAGAAGUAAACGAAGGUAAAUACAUCCUCUUGUCUCUUCUUCACAGCUUCCUAUCUCAGACUGACUAACCAAAGCUUUGAGUGUCAAAGGGACACAUUUGCUUACGUUGUGAUGUUACUGUUACAGUUGUGAAAGACACAAGCUACAACGACUUCUCACACGUCUUCAAGAACUUCAACUUCAAUAACAUGAAGCCGCUCAGCGACCACGGAUACGAGUCCGACAGCAUGCACAGCUCCUCAUCAGGUGAGUGGUGUCCCCCUUUUCUCUUCUUCUUGUUUGUCAUCCCUCCACCUGUCCUCGUCUCACUCCUCUCAUCUCUCUUCCCUCAAUUAUUUUCACAUCACUGGAUCAGUAUGUGAUUGGUCUGGCCUGUAUCACUGAGCCCAAGGCUUUAUUAAUCAAUCAAGGCAGGAUGAAGGAGCGGCCAUAUUGAAAGUGUUUACCCUCUUCUCUCACUGCCCCCAGGUGGAAUGCUCAGCUUCCAGAACCCCAGCUCUCCAGAAUCCAGGAGCAGUGAGUCCGACCCAGAGUUCUCCUACCCUCAGAUAGCCAGUGAGUACAACUUUUCCUAAGUGGACUUCACAAUCUUGAACUUCCGGUGGUGGUUGAGUAUAAUGGGUGAGCCUUUAAAGUGCAUGUCUCUUUGAAAGCCAGUCUGUUAUUCUAAACUCCUGAACCGUUGUGUUUGACAGAAGUGCACAUAAAGACAGAGAGGACAGAGAGGGGAGAGAGGGGAGAGAUGAUGAAGAGAGGCAGAGGAAGACCUCCCAAACACAGCCAAGAUCCCAGACACUACCAGACCUCCAAGAAGAGCAAACAUGGUGAGUGGCUCCUAUCAUUCUAACACACAUACACACACACACACAUCAAUGUCAACAACUGUUUUCAAUGGUGCCUUGUAGAAGCACGGUUUUAUCAGUCAUGAGAUUAGCAUACAUUUUGCAUCUGGUACUGAAAACAGCCACAGUCAAAACAUCACAGGUGUUUUUAGGUCAUAGUCCGUUAACCACACACAUGCAUGGACGUGCGCUCACACGCACACUCACACACACACACAUGCUGUACACACGCACACAUACAUUAUGCACACACACACGCAUGCACACACACAUACAAACAUAAACACACCUGCUCUACCUUAUCCUUGCUUGCUUUAGCACACACCUGUGCUGUUCACACACACCUAACUCUUCCUCUCCACUGUCCCCCUAUAGCGCCCCGUGGGACUCACCUGUGGGAGUUCAUUAGGGACAUCCUGAUCCACCCAGAGCAGAACCAGAACCAGGGUCUGAUGAAGUGGGAGGACCGCCACGAGGGUGUCUUCAAGUUCCUCAAGUCUGAGGCUGUGGCCCAGCUGUGGGGGCAGAAGAAGAAGAACAGCAGUAUGACAUACGAGAAGCUCAGCCGUGCCAUGAGGUAGGAAACCAUGGUGAUAUAGCAGCACUGUCAUGGCAACUAGCCAUGGACACCAUAAUCCUAGCAACCAGGCUUGGCUUUUGGGUGCUAGCUAACUAAACAGAGUUAACCAGUUGAGGGUGAAGUUAGAAGAUUGAUAGAACAAUGAUAAAAUCUCCAUGAUAAACCAUUGUCUUGUCAUGAGACUAACCAGUGGCUCUCCUUCCUCCCUCCCUCCUAUAGAUACUACUACAAGAGAGAGAUCCUGGAUAGGGUGGACGGUAGACGGCUGGUCUAUAAGUUUGGGAAGAACUCCACCGGCUGGAAGGUGGAAGAGACCAGGCUGCAUGGCAUGUGAGAUACAAGGCACAAGAGUAGUGGGGGUGUCAACUGGACAGAGCAGUCCCCUCUGUCCUAUUGUAGAUAGGACGACCAACUCUCUGGUCGACAGCCCUAUACCUGAAAUAAUAUAAAGACACUUACUUCUCUUCUUCCAGGGGAGGUGUUGCAGAAAAGCCAGUGUUUUUGGCUCCAGUAGGUUUUAUGAACCGAUAUUGUUAUUUUACAGUACCUAUUAUGUUUGUAUGUUUACAGGAAUUGUUGUGGACACUGCUUUGGGCCUGCAAGUGGGUGCGCAUGAUGGUGUGUCUGUUUUCAGAUAUAUUCUCUCUGGGAUAGAUAACGAGAAAAAGGCAUUUAUGUUUGCAUUUAUAUAAGCGCUUUAUAUUGUGUGGGAGUAACUCACCUUAUGUGUCACUAUGACAACCACCUGGGUAUAUGGGCAUUAUAGUUUUUACUGUGGCAACAUAAGCACUGAUCUGUUUUUUAUGUGUUUGUUUGUUUCAAUUUUUUAUAUUGUAUGAGUCUAUAAGUAGCACUUAAAACUAUAAUUUGAUAUGUCUAUUUGCAAGACGGCUAGUUGCCAAACUUGUGACUUCUAAAAUGAGCCAUUGUUUAGAAUCAAAUGAAAUAACAUUUUAGUAGUCACAACAGACGUAGACUAACAGUGAAAUGCUUAC